AUGAAGCUGAUCCAAUUUUUUACGAUCGUUCUUUGCCUCUGUCAUCAAUCUCCAAUUGCCUUUACGUGUACCCAGAAUGACGAUCCCUGCGGUGACUUCCAGCCGUUUUACGAAAUGGCGCUUAAAGGACACGUCUUCCAGACGCUAAAAGUUCCAAGUUCACUUUAUUGUUUAGAAGCUUGCAAGCAUGAGGCAAGAUGCCAGAGUUUCAACCACUUCAUGGGAAAAGACAUCUGUGAGCUCAACAACCGCACAAAAGAGGCAAGACCAGAGGACUUUAUCUCGGACGUUACCAAGUUGUACUUGAAAAAGCCUAAGAAUAGAGGUAAAUUGUAGAAGAGUCAAUUUACUGUAUGACACAUAUAAGAUUCUGGAGAAACUCUCCAGCUACCCCUCCCUUUACUCAAUAUUCUAAAGUUGGGUACCGUUAGGGGAGGAAUAGGUGUCCAGUGUUUAGAGUCUCUAUAAGACGCCACUAUGAGACGAACACCUCCCCAAAACGUAAACGCGGAGUUGGUCCUCACCUUCGUACUUCAGUCAUCUUCUUUAUCGCUCUAUAACACGGACAGAGUACAACUAACUAGCUGAGAUGGACACUAAGUGGCACUGAGUCCCUCUGUCCGCUGCAGAGCUGAGGCUUGCGAUAUGUAGCAACAAUUGAAGAUUUGUCUUUCUUGCUUUUGACGUUAUUUACAAGUAUUCUUUCUUUUCUUUUCUGAUUGCAUUUUACUUGUUAUCAGGUGAUAUCUGGUUGCAGUAGAAUUAUUUUAUGUCUUGUCUUGUCUAAAAAUAGUAAGCGCUUGGUGGACGAUGAGAGGAGAAAAAAGGCGGGAGCCUGGCCUGUUGUUCUGUCUUUCGCAUUCUUAUGGUCCACUGCGCGCUUUCUUAUUUUCCUCUUCCCAUCCUCCUCUCGACGCAAGGAGGCUUCUGCAGAUGAAAGAGCGGCAGUAGGGACUUAAGGCAGCGACAUUUUUGAGCGACGAAUGUCAACUGGAAGUUAACCUUUUUCUCUUUUUAUAUGCCGAGACGCUAUUAAAUUUGUCUUGGUAGGUGUCUUCCCUCUUAAAGAGACGUUUUGUCCAAAAGUUUGCUCAAAAUCACGGCUCAGCAGUGCAAAAAGUUCACUUCCGAUUGACGUGCGUCGCUCAAAAACGUUGCUGCUUUUAAAAACUGUCUAGUCACAAUGGUGGCUGACGCAGUAAGAACUGACUAAAGGUACGGAAAAACGGGCAACAAAAAACGUUCAACUUGUUUUGCAACAUUGCUGCAAAACGAGUCGAAUAACGAUGUUACGCGUUUUAUCAUCCAUGCUCAAACCUGUUAACAACCUGAUUUUUUGCAAGGUAGGUUUUAUGUGGGUGGUAUAAAGCGCAACAUCGUUAAUCAACUCGUUUUCCAGCAAUGUUGCAAAACAUGUUGCACGUUUUUUGUUGCCCGUUUUUCUGUAUGUUAAAGCUAAAGUCUAAGUUUACGUUACGUCGUGUGCUCUUGUGGUUUACCAUUUUUCACCACCAAGGUAAUAAAUGAAACUAGGCACCCUAAUUUUCUUCCUUGAAUAAUGAGAGAAUUCUAUAUACUCGGUUUUCCUUCACAAAAUAAUACACAACGCAAAAUCAAAGGGAAGGGAAGAAUCAUUUUUAAUAUGUGGAAUAAACCUCAACACUCCUUUAAAAACUUGCACUUCAUUCUCGGUUCGUUUCCAGCUGAUACCAAUUCGGAUUAAAUGGGAAAAGGUCUUUCUCACUUAGAUUUGACGCGUAAAUUGUAAGCUAAUUAAGAUGUGCUACUUCUUUUGACAGUGGCCCUUGGAUCCAUUCCUGAACUUCCAGCUGCAAGCUGCGAGGAAAUAAAGAUGAGUGAGGGACAGGUUGUGACCAGUAAAAAAUACUGGAUGAUUUGUAUAAACCAGGAUAUGGCUGUACUUGCUUACUGUAAUAUGACGACGGAAGGUGAGCUUAAUUGCUGGCGAGCCUUUGCGAGCCAGCACACCAUUCUCACCGAUAGCGGGAAAAUGCCAAAAUUUUCACUUAAGAAGUUACCAUCAAUACUACUUAGUCAUAUUACCGAUAACGUGAAAUCAGUGGAAACUAAAUGUUCGUUGUCUUCCCGAUAAAAGUGAUAUACCCUGGAGUGUUCAUUUCACAGUUUUAACGAGUCUCCUUUCGCUGAUAAAGUAAUUGAAAACCUUAAAUGCCGUUAACAUCUUUUGGUGGCUUUGCUGCUAACGAGGAGGUUUUAUGUAAAGUGGAACUAGGGUUAAUUAAGGGGGUGCGUAUUUUUUCUGAGACGCGAAACUUGUACGAAUUCUUGUUGUAAGGAGUUUACCAAACCGGCUAUUUCAGUACUGUAUUGGUUUGUUUAAAUUUUCAGUGCCUCUUAUCAAUUUUACAACAAAAGGAUACACGGGACGAUAUGGUAUUAUUCAAAGAUUCAUAGUUCCGAAGACCGGUGUUUAUCUGAUAAAAGCCUGGGGUGCUCGAGGAGGAACACACUCGACUAACUAUGGAGAUUACCCCGGAACUUACUACGGCGGAAGAGGGGCGAUGAAGCAAGGAACGUUUAGCUUGAAUGUAGAAACUGUUCUGAAUAUUGUGGUGGGUCAGAGAGGAGGAGACUCUGUUGAAGUGAAAGGAGGACAGUCUACUAACUUGAGGGCGGCGCAACUGGGACUUUCCGUAGAGGACAAUGCUGGUACUGGGGGAGGGGGAGGGAGCUUCGUUUAUACAACAAACGACGAGCUUUUGUUAGCUGCCGGAGGGGGAGGGGGUGCGUCUAAUGGAUAUAACGGGGUGGAAGGUCAGGCGGGUACCAGUGGCACCAGUAGUGUAGGUAACGAUUCAAGUGCGAUUUAUGGCGGAGGGACUGGGGGACAACCUGGUCAAUGUAACAAUAAUCCCGAGACGGCUGACUACCAUGGGGGAGUGGGUGCAGGUUGGUUGGGGGAAGGGUGCGCCAGAGUCGGCCCAGAACAUGGGGAAAGGGGUGGAUCGCGUGCCCAGAAUUGGGUGGGGAGACGUGCUGGAGGAAUGAAUAGUGGCUAUAACGGUGGGCCACCCCCUGGGGCAGUAGGAGGGUUUGGCGGUGGGGGAGGAGGUUCCGAGGAUAAUGGUGCAUCAGGAGGGGGUGGUGGAUAUUCCGGGGGAGGAAGUGGUUUAUGGGAUUCUCAAGCCGGUGGGGGAGGGGGCUCGUACUGUAGUGGCUCAAGCUGUUUAGGUAUCACUGGAGGUAAUAUGAAUGAUCACGGAUUUGUGGAAAUAUUUGAGUUGUGA